AUGGCAGGUGAGAACCAGACUCAGGUGUCAGAGUUUGUGCUCCUGGGUUUUCCCCAUGGCAAGCCCUUCCUCUUUGUUCUUUUCCUGGCUAUUUACCUGGCCACACUGCUGGGGAACUCUGCAAUCCUCGCCCUCGUGUCCCUGGAUCCCCAUCUCCACAGCCCCAUGUACUUCUUCCUCAGUCACCUGUCCUGCUUGGACAUUUGCUACUCCUCAGUGACGAUGCCCAAGGUGCUGGCAAAUGCCCUGCGCCCGCAGGCAACCAUCUCCUACCACGGGUGCCUGGCACAGAUGUUCUUCCUGAUGGGGUGCGCAGGGUCCGAGUGCGCGCUCCUGGCUGUCAUGGCCUACGACCGCUACGCAGCCAUAUGCCAGCCCCUGCGCUACACACAGGCCAUGAGCCGCGGAGCCUGUGCGGCUGCUGCCAUGGGCUGCUGGCUCUGGGGGCUGCUGGACUCCACCGUGCACACCUUCCUGGCCUCCAGGCUCUCCUUCUGCGGGGCUGCCCAGCUCCAGCACAUCUUCUGUGACGUCCCCCCGCUGCUGAGGGCUGCCUGCAGCAACACCCGCCCCAGCGAAGUGGCGCUCCAUGCUGCCAGUGUCUUUGUGGGCCUCAGCCCCUUCCUGUUCGUCGUUGCCUCCUACCUCCGCAUCCUGGCCACCAUCCUUGGGAUGCCCACAGCCAUCAGCCGCCACAAGGCCUUCUCCACGUGCUCCGCCCACCUGCUUGUGGUCGCCCUGUACUUUGUGACAGCCAACCUGAACUACAACCGGCCCACCUCUGGCUACUCCCCAGCAGCCGACACACUGGUCUCCGCACUGUACUGCAUCGUUACCCCCAUGCUGAACCCCGUCAUCUACAGCUUCCGCAACCAGGAGGUGCGGGGGGCCCUGCGGAAGGCUGUGUGGGGACGGGGCACACUGGGCUCCCCUGGCAGCAAUGCAUAAGCAAUACCAGGGCUGCCACAGAAUGCUGGUGCAGCACCAGUACCCAUCUGAGGGAAAUCUUUGAUUUCAGGGCCCCCUGCCCAGACCGUGGCUGCUUGUGGCACUCUACCAUCACUUGUCUGACCCUCAGCACAUCAUUGAUGGCAGAAUGGCAAAAUCAAGUCAGGAGCAAGGCUACAGUUCCAGGAUUAUGUCUAUAUAUUGCAAGCGUCGUGUGCUGAGCUCAGCACAGGACCUGUUGCAGCUGCACUGCCUCCAGGGAACGCUGUAAAAGUUAAUUUCAUGUGGUACCAGACAUGUUCUGGCCCUGAACAAGGCCAUGAGCUCUGCCUUGGGGCUGCCCAAGGUGCACAGCCAGGUCCUGCAUGGGACAAGGAGCACUGUCUUGGACUGCAAAAUGUGGCCUCUGCAAAGGGGUUGUUACACCAUCCUCCUUCCAGACAUGCUUUGGCACGGAGUCUCCUGUCUGCUGGAUUUCUCCAGGCUGCCACGAAAGCUCUGUGGCAUUUUGCAUAUUAGCACAACAACCAGCCAUUUAAACAGGCCACCCAUUUAUUCUCCGUGUUUUGGUCAAACAGCAAGUUAUCAGCACCCAGCCAUGUACAUUGCUUAAAUCCUCACUAGAAAUGCUUGCUUCACUUUACAGCCAUAACAGAAUCAAACUGCAGUUGUGCAGUUGUGCUUGUGGAAUGACAGUGGCUGAGAGCUGGUUGGUGGCAUGAGGCAGCUGUGACACUGACUCAGUUUAACCUCUUCCUGCAGGGGCUCUGCAAGGGGCCUAAGCUCAAAUGACUGCAGGGUGAUGGGGCAAUCCCACAGCUGGCCAAACCUGCAGGCAGCUGCACAAGGGCCAGAAGUGUCCAGCACCAUGGCAGAAGCCAGGUGCAGGCAGCCACCACUGCAAGGGUCUGUGGGGAGGGAAGCCGGCACAGGCUGCACGAGCAGAUGAGCCCCUGUCUGUCACUGCACCACAGAGGGGCACAACAUCCAUAGCUCAGUUACCAAGAGAUACCCAGCCAAAUCCAGUCUGUUACCAAAGAAACCUACUGGAGAGUCAAAACCCAGGCCCAUGAGGCAUACAGCUUGCUGGGAACAGUUUGCCACUUCUCAGUACACAACACACUGAUCUUAUUCUUCAGGGGAAAAAAUGUUCCUGCAGCCCAUGUGCUGGGCCGGCAGCUGCUUUCAGCCAAACAGGUUGCAAGCCUCGCAGCCGGCUCUACUUGCUAUACACCCGUCUUGAUUGUACAAAGUUAUUAAAAGACCCCUAGUUCAGAGUCUCACUGGGACACAUAAAGAGUCUGCCACAACCAGACCUAUUCUGGUGAGCCCCCUGGAAAGGAACAUCAGAAAAUAAUGGGUGAACUGCAUGAGGAACAAAAUUGGGAAAGUGAUUUCAGAGAAAUAAAAACCAAAACAACCAACCAAAAAACCCCCCAACGAGCAGGAAAUUUACACCAAAAUUGGAAGUUUCUAACCUGAAUCACAGUGUGUCAUGAUGGAAAGGCACAGACUGUGAUUUUUCCCAGUAUCAGACACUGCAGUUUCUCACACGCUGUGCUCCCCAGUGUGUCCCUGAUUUAUUCCUAUUGUGAUGGUACUAGCAUACCACAAAAGAACAACAGCUCCUACAGUGGCAUGUUGAGCAUCUAGCCUGGAAUAUACCAGUUCAAGAGAGGGCUUCAGUUUGCAUUGCAUUAUUACCGAAAACUGUUUUAAACCUUAAAAAUUCCCUUCGUCCUGCAUC